UGUUCAAAUGGAUAAAUACAUGGCAAAAAUAUCGUGGGUAGACAUGUCACUACAGAAUGAUAACUAUUAGUGUGUUUGGACAUUGUCCGAAACCUUAUCUGAAGGAAAGAAAAUGGCUCAAGGAUCCUUUAGUGAAAACGAGAAGCCAGUUGAAUCCCUCCAAAAGUGUGUUUUGUUUCUGCGAGAUAAUAUCCACAAAGAGAAAGCGUUAAUUGAUCACUUGCUUGUCAAGUCAGAACUUUCUGAUGAAGAAAAACAAGGACUGACAGAAGGAAAGGAAUACAUCUGUAUAGGGAGGGAACUUAAGUCAAUACUAAGGAAUGGAUCUGAGAAAUGCAAAGAACUUUUAGAUGUUUUCAAGCAGUCUCUACUAUUCAAUGAGUUCACAGAGCAACUGGAAAAGGAAAUUGGUAAAAAUGUUGAUGCUGAAAAAGACAAGUUAACAUUAAGCUCUCUCUGGGAUCAUAGAGGUAUUUUAUUGGAAGAGUUGGAACCUUCAUUAAUAAACGACAUCCUCCUUGAGAGCUGUGUAAUUAGAAUAGAAGAACAUGAUGAAGUAGAAAGAGCUGGUAAAAGGAAAGAAAAAUGUCAAGUUCUGUUGUCCUUACCUGAAAAAUACCCAGAUGUACUGGACAAGUUGGGAUAUGCACUGCAGAGAUCAAAAUGUUUCCAAGCACUGAAUGAAAUCAAAGGCAUUCAUCCAAAAAAGCAAGGAAGAAAAUGCCAUUUUUUGGUUGAUCGAGAAUGUCUGUAUAGAAAUUCCAAUUUUGAGUUCCUGGUUAAUGAGGUGGAACCAAUUCCACUUUGUAAAAUCUUGAUUGAGGAGAAAAUUGUUGAUGUGGAUGAAAUGGAAAAAAUAAAACGGGAAUCUUCAAGAGAACAACAAGCCAGGGAUAUUGUACGGCUAAUAGAAAACCUUGACCUGGAGUCAGAAUCAAAUCUCAACAAAUUUGGACAUUGUCUAGAGGAGCUGGAAUGGGAGGCAGUAAUAAGAAAACUGAAAGGGAACGAAUCACCCUUUGAGGACUUCAUAGAAUUCCAAAAUACAGGUAAAGAGGAUAAAGGAUUCAUUAUGGUGAAGCCAGAGGAAGCAGGGAUUCAGUCUGUUUAUGAAGGAAAACUCCCUACAAAGUUAGUCCUUACUAUAUCCAUUCCUGAGAAAGUCGAUCAAGACAAAGUGGCAGAGGCCAUUAGAUUUUUAAAUCGGGAUACAGAACUACGCAGUAGACUCUCACAGCUCACUCACAUGAAAAUCGACAAGGCUGAGGGCUUUCUUGUCCUCCACCUGACCUCCCUGACUGAGGAGGCGGGGCAGCGGUUCCUGGCUGGUGGUGGUCGGUUAGUCAAGGAAGUGGUCACGACUGUGCUAGACUUGGUUGACUUCUCAGAAGAUUUGUAUCAAGCCAAGAAACCAUUGGAUGUACAAGUUACAGUGAAUGCAGAGGCAGAUUACAACAAAAGAGGUUGUGUGUAUGCUGACAUAUCAGAUGUUCAUCAAAAGAUUCAACUAAACAUACAAGAGAAGUGGGAUAUACUGAUUGAAGAGCUGGAGCCCUGUCUAAUGUUAACAUGCUUCAGGAAGAAAGGUUUGAUGACUGAGAAGGAUGAAACCUGUAUUAUGGAGUCAGAUGAACGCAAAGCUAGAGUUGUUGCCCUUUUACAAACUCUCCUUAAGUCAUCCAGUGCCUCCAUGUUAGAUUAUUUUGUCCUACUUCUAAAACAAAUGGAUAAAACUGACCUUGCUGAAAAAUUAGCUUCAGGAGAUGUGGAGACCGCACACCAAGAAGCAGAGAUGGUCAGGAAAUGUAUUCUUCUUCAUUUUGAUGAAGCUUUGGAGGAAAUUGACUCCCAUAUAAUAGAGAACACCCUGACUAAGUGUGGAUACCCUGUACCAGAUAACAUCAGACCCAAGUCUGGCUUCAGUAGGAGGGGGAGGGCAUACUGCUUCCUUGUUUUUGUGUUUGAAAGUGACGGGCUCAUGCUGGUACUAAAGAAGAUCCUCGAAAUCAGAGAAAAGGGGCAUUUUUUCAAUAUAUUCCAUGCAGAUAUAGUAGAAAGCACAAAGGAUCAUGACACAAGCACUAGUAAGAAGGCUUUAAAAGAGAAUGAGUUCUUUGACUGUAAAUAUACAUCAUCAUUGAAAGAGUAUUAA